AUGAGGGCCCUUUUGACCUGGUGCGUGUGUGCUAAGUCGCUUCAGCUGUGUCUGACUCUUUGUGACCCUGUGGACCGCAGCCCGCCUGGCUCCUCCAUCUAUGGGAUUCUCCAGGCAAGAAUACUGGAGUGGGUUGCCUUGCCCCUCCUUCAGGGGAUCUUCCCUGACCCAGGGAUCAAACCUGCGUCUCUGAAGUCUCAUGCAUUGCCAGGCAGGCUAUUCACCACGAGCAUCACCUGGGAAGACCCCCUCAUGACACUGUCUAAACUUAAUUACAUCCCAAAGGCUCCACCCGCAAAUAGCACUACCUUGUGGGUUAGGGCUUCAAGAUAUGAAUUUGGGGAGCGGGGGACACAAAUAUUCAUUCAUAGCAGCUGCUGGGAAAUGGAUUUUGCUGAGACCAGUGGCCUGGGUAGGGUGUGCUCAUGGAAGAAGAGAAAGCAGAGAGCAUUUGUGAAGAUUGGGAGCCCCUCGAUGCUGACCCUUCAGUCCAUUCCCCCAUCUCACAGUCCUGUCCCCACCCAUGGGGAGACGUGCCUGGGCACCUCAGAACUCAGGAGGUAG